AUGGCGAAUUAUGCUAUUCGAGAACGAUUCAAUUUCAAAACUGAGAGAUCAAAUGCUAUAAGUUAUACAGUCGUAUGUAUGUCGCCUGAAUGUGAAUGGAAAUUACGAGCGUCAAGUGUUGGAAAAUCUGAACUGUUCAGAGUUAGGUAUUUCCAUGACGAACACACAUGCCCUUUGAAGGACAAGGUAUAUUCACAGAGGCAAGCAACAAGUUGGUUUAUUGGGGAAUCAGUUGUUAAGCCGAAAAUAGCGAACCAUAAGAGGAAAGUCAGUCCUGGGGAUAUAAUGGACGACGUAAAAAAUGAACUCAGCAUAGAUGUUUCUUACAUGCUGGCCUGGAGAGCUAGAGAAAAAGCUAUGAAUGAUUUGAGGGGGGAUCCUGCUGCUUCAUACAAUAAAUUGCUGGCAUAUGUCUAUAUCCUAGAUAAAAAAUAUCCUGGAUCAUAUGUUAAAAUGCAUAAAUCAUGUGAAAAUGAGUUUCUGUAUUUCUUUGUUGCACUCAAAGCAUUCAUAAAGGGAUUCGAGUGUUGUAGACCAAUAGUGGUAGUGGAUGGUGCACACCUUAAAAGCACGUAUAAUGGUACAUUUGUAUCCGCAAGUACUUUGGAUGGCGCAGGUAAUAUUCUACCACUGGCAUAUGGUUUGAUAGAUUCGGAAAAUGAUAAGUCCUGGACUUGGUUCUUUGAGCAGUUCAAGCAAGCUUAUGGUAUUAGGGAUAACAUGUGUGUCGUAUCUGACAGACACGAAAGCAUAAUCAAAGCGGUGUAUCGGGUGUAUCCUACUGUUCCUCAUUUGGCCUGCAUAUGGCAUUUGUGGAAAAAUGUGACUAAGAAAUACAAGUUGAAUGAUGAAGUAUUGAGUCCUGUGUUUUAUUCACUUGCCAAAGCAUACACACAGGAUGAGUUCGAUAAACUGAUGGAAAAGAUUGAGAAUGUUGAUAUACGAGUAAAGGAAUAUUUGGAUGAUGCUGGAAGGGAUAAAUGGUCUAGGCUAUAUUCACCUGUUAACAGAGGUUGGACGAUGACUUCGAAUAUAGCGGAAUGUAUUAAUGGAAAACUAGUAGCGGCAAGAGAGUUUCCUGUAUUUGAUUUCCUUGAAGAAGUUAGGAGGAUGGUUGAAGCAUCAACUGAAUAUGUUUAUACGGUUAAUGAUGGACCGCGGCGUUUCAUAAUUGAUUUGAAGAGGAAAACGUGCAGUUGCAGGAUGUUUCAAAUGGACGAAAUACCAUGUUCACAUGCCUGGGCUGUAUUAAAGAGUAAAAAUCUAAUGGCUGAUGCAUAUUGCUCAGAAUUAUUCAAGCCAAAUACAGUGGUGAAUACGUACGAUGCGCCGAUUGAUCCACUUCCCGACGAGAGUGAGUGGAAUGUUCCAACACACAUAUUGGAGGACACUAGACAAAAGAUAACACCAUACUCGUUGUAUUCUGAAAGAAAAACAUACUGUCUAAAAGUAAUAUUAACUGAUCCAAACACUAAUGUUCAACAUCAAAAACCCAUGAAAAAAUGUCUUGAAAUAUACAACAUCUAA